GGGAUAGUUCGGGGUAGAGUCUAGGUCUGUGGAGCAAUUCCGGAGUAUUGUGGCCGGCCGUCAGCACUUGAAACGCUGUUAGUCGCUGGUCCCUGCCGACUCGCCGAGUUGGGAUGUGAUUAUCAAGGGCCACCAGGGUAUCGCAUCCACAUUACUACACUACGCAAGACGCCAAAGGUCCACCACUGUCACCACUGUCACCGCUGUCACCACUGUCACCACUGUCAACACACACCCUAUCACCACUAUUAACCCUAUCACCACUGUCACCCUGUCACCCUGUCACCACUGUCACCAACCGAUAUCGUCGCCUUUGCUUGGUCCAGUACUUGAACACAGCCGCAGCGGGGCGGCACUACACUGACAAGUCCACACCCGGGAAGGCCAAAACAAAAAGGCCGUCCCGUCCAGGGCGUCUCCCAACUUCCCCACCCAGACUAGGACUUGGUUAUCCGCUGCAGACAUGGCCAAGACGGAAGAGUUCCAGAUCCGCCCCAAGGGCUGGGAGAAUGACGCCGACGAGGAGCGGAUCCGCUUCUCUAGCCUCGACUACCUGGCGGCCAGCACGUACAACAGCUACGCGCUCUUCUUCCGCCUCGACGACGCCGCGCGGGCCAAUGCAGUUGAGGUGCUCAAGAAGGGCCUCGCCGUGACGCUGGCGCAGUGCCGGCAGCUGGUGGGCACCAUCGAGAAGAACGCCGGCGACGACGACCACUCGUUCGUCAAGCGGCGCGACUCGGCCGUCAAGCUGGUCGUCAAGACGUUCGCGCCCGGCGACGGCGUGCCGUCGCUUGACGAGCUCGAGAAGGCCCACUUCGCGUCGUCGGCGCUGGGCGACUCGUCGCGGCUGCUCGUCGUCGACGGCAUGACGUACGGCGAGAAGCCUGAGUGCCUGCCCAGCGCCAAGCCCGUCGUCGCCGCCUUCCAGGCCAACCUGGUCCCCGGCGGGCUCGUCUUCCUCAUGAACCACCACCACUACGCCAACGACGUCAUGGGCUGGGCCAACUCGGUCCACCAGCUCGCCGACAACUGCCGCGCCCUCGUCGCCGGCACGCCCCUGCCGCCGUGGGACCCGGCCAACCUCGACGCUUCCCGCUUCACCGCCACCGGCUUCCCCUCGGCCGGCAAGGUCGACGGGCCCAUCCCGCCGGCGCGCCACCCGGACCUGCGCGAGCACGCGUCGCUGCUCUUCCACCUGCCGCAGAGCAAGGCCGCGGCGCUCAAGCAGCUCGCCACCCCGUCCGACCCGGACAGGUGGAUCUCGACGUACGACGCCUUCACCGCCAUGAUCUGGCGCACGCUCACGCGCCACCGUGCGGCACUGUACAAGUCGGACCCAGCCGGCUCGCCGCUCUUCCUCGAAGCCCGCAACCUGUUCUGGGCCGCCGCGUCGGCGUACGCGCCGGACCCGCUGCUGACAACGCACGCCGUGGCGUCGGCGUCGCCCGACGACGGUGGCGUCCCGCUGGCGCGGCUCGCCAGCUACAUCCGCAGCCUCACCGACGGCUGCGACCAGGCGGCGCUCGACGCCGCGCUGGCCACGCUGGCGCCCGUCCGCGACAAGACGGUCCUCUUCACGCGCGUCAACUCGUUCCCGCCGCUGACCAUGGCGACGACCGACUGGCGCGACACGGAUGUCUGUGGUGCUGACUUUGGCUUCGGCAAGCCCGUGGCGUUCCGGCAUCUGUUCGAUGCGGUGACGGAGGGCCUCGUGCUGAUUUACCCGCCCCGGGCGGCUGCUGGUACUGAUGAGGGAUGUGAGUUUGUGCUUAUGGUUGAGAAGGAGGUUGUGGAUGGCUUGAUGGCGGAUAUCGAGUUUGGACGGUACUUUGAGUUCAGGGGGUACGAGGUCAGGAGGUACGAGGUCAAAGGGUAGGUGUGUGGUUGGUGGAUUAGUGUGGAUGAGAGACGUGAGACGAGAUGCAGGAGUAAAGGAUGAACGAUAUUUCUUGAGAACUAAGGCCUCUUUGCUUUCACUCUGGCUUUGGUCCCGUUAAACAAACACGCUUUCAAAUUCAACACCAAGAGUUUU